AUGGCGUUUAGCAAAAGUUCACGAAAUAUCAAAAUUCACGAUUCUGUCCUCAGUGCUGAUUGCCAAGACCUUCAAGGGUUCUAUCAACCUUCUACACUUAAUCUGAAUGACUACAUUGCUAACGAGGAUGGUUCCAUGGUCUGGAGGAAAGGAGGAAACUUUUGGGCGAGUUCCAGAAACAGCAGCCUAACUGAUCCCGCGAUUUUGCACGCUGAAUGCAGAAGAAUUGAUGGGUCUUACGCCUCCAGCCAAAUUGAUCUAGAUCAGAAGAUUGCCAACAUUGAUGGAAAGUUGACAUUCUCUGCCUAA